UCUAUUGGCUGUUCGGGAUACCAAUCUCCGAGGCUGGCUUGCCAUUGGCUUGAAGGCUGGUGCUCCGCGGCUAGAGGGAAGGAGAAGGGAUCAGGAGCGGGAGCUGAGAGGAGGGAGAGGCCGGUUCGGGUCUGGCCGUCGCCGCUACUCGCCGGAGGUGUCCUGGCCGGACUGCGGCUUGGUCCUCGUUUCCCGGGCACCGUCUGCGAGGCCCCGCCGAGCCAGCGUGGGAGAGCCGCAGGCGGCGGCCGCCGCAUCAUGUCAGCCAAGGACGAGCGGGCCAGGGAUAUCCUGAGAGGCUUCAAACUAAAUUGGAUGAACCUUCGAGAUGCUGAGACAGGGAAGAUACUCUGGCAAGGAACAGAAGACCUGUCUGUCCCUGGUGUGGAGCAUGAAGCCCGUGUGCCCAAGAAAAUCCUCAAGUGCAAGGCAGUGUCUCGAGAAUUGAACUUUUCUUCAGCAGAGCAAAUGGAAAAAUUCCGCCUGGAACAAAAAGUUUAUUUCAAAGGCCAAUGUCUAGAAGAGUGGUUCUUCGAGUUUGGCUUUGUGAUACCUAACUCCACAAAUACCUGGCAGUCCUUGAUAGAGGCAGCACCUGAGUCCCAGAUGAUGCCAGCCAGCGUCCUAACGGGAAAUGUCAUCAUAGAGACAAAGUUUUUUGACGACGAUCUUCUUGUAAGCACAUCCAAAGUGAGGCUUUUCUACGUUUGAGAACUUGUUGCAUUCAAGAAUUUGGGUUUGUGAGGAGGAAGAAGCUUUACUUUUUUCCUUCACACAUUUGAUUUCUGACACUGCAGCUGAUUCCUUCAACACAGAACCCACCUGUGGCCACCAGAGGACCAGCUCUGUGUAGGUAACCAGAUGGCUUUUUUCUCCCAAAACCUCCAUCUUCACUGAUGAGACUAAACUCCCAACCCCAGCCCAGGGCAGGGGCAAGCCUCGACUCCUUCCUGGUGCAACCAUGGGAACAAUCCCAUACCAGGAGCCGAUAAUGCACCUGUCACCUCCCUGCCUCCUCCUGCAGGCUUUCUUUGGCCUCUGGUUUUGGAAAAAUUCACUUUCCUGACCCAUGUUUAGUUUUUUCCUACCAUUUCUAUUUCAUACAUUCUCAUACCUGUAACUUGUAAAAUAGACUGUGAUAUUAUUAUUACAUAAUGUAAUUAAAACAUUAAAAUAUUCCUACAGUCUUUAGCAUGGCA